AUGCCGCGCACAAGAAGUCAGAGCCGCGAGCCCAGUGCCGAACCGCAAUUGGUGUACCGUCAGGCUAGGGCCCGAGACGGACAGUCCACGCGCGAUACGCGUCAACUCCAACGACAACUUGAGCCUCUGUCUGAGGACCUGAGUGAAGCUGAAAACGACAACGAUAUCGACGUCGAUCUAGAGCAGCAAGACGCAGCUUCCGAAGAAGAAGAGGAGGAGAUAUCUAACUCUGACUCUGUCCCUUUCGACACCUUUUCCCAAACCGAACUCAAACAACUCGACCCUGAUGAGAUGGAAAAUAAGUUGGGAGAGCUCAACUCGAAAGCCGGACUACUUCUUCGCUGCUUCAAACCACGUACUGGCGGAUCUGCCGAGCUGCAUCAUCUGAUCCGCCAGUUCAAGGAUCCUCAAUCAAGAGAACGACAGAAAGCGGACGGAUGCUACAACUCGCUCAAGGAGACCCAGAAAUAUUUUACUCGUGGCGGAGAAUUCCUUCGACCUGAGAUGAUUCUUCGAUGCCUGCUUAGAAAGAAGGGUACGCAGCCACUACCUAAGGCUUGUCGACCAUGGAGGCCGGACGAUGUUAUCUACAAAGCCAACCUAGCCGUCCUCGCGUAUACAGCAACUCAGCCUGCUGAUAACGAGUUGCUGGACGCUCAGAUGUCCUUAGAUCAAUUGUUCCCUUCUCCAUCUAUGCGUGGGCUUGCCAAACCUGGGUUCAAGCCCAUGCCAGGAUACAGCGCGCUUGUAUCAGAAACGUUCAAAUUCGCUCUCGAACUCAGGACACAAGUGCUUGUUGGCAUGCUCAAGGACAGCACGUCACAAGACGAUGCGGCGCUGAUGAUUUUACAAGCUAUGCUUGAGUUCGAUGAGAAUGAUGACAAUUUCGAAGAGGACAUGAGCGCGAUGCAAAGCCUUCAAACCGCACUUUCUGACAACCGCCAUGCAAAGGGGUGGGAAGGUCUUGACCCUCACUCCUUUGGGACCGACAGGUACGCCGAAAUGAUCAUGCGUCGUACUCACGAGAUCAAAAGGCUACUCUUCAGCGAUAUCGAGAAUCCUUUUGUGGAUUCUUCCGCAACCCUAGAAUCUGGCUUGGUCAAGCUGCAGAAUAACUAUCCUCUGGAGACGUUUAAAGAGAAUCUGCUCCAAUGGUGUAACUUGCGUCUUUCUGAGAUCGAUAACAGUAUCAAGCAACUCGGCGGUAUUGACGAGAUCUUCAACAACUUGGAAGAAGAGAUCAGAGAACGCCUUGAUAAUCCACAUGCGUAUGAUUACGAGGACGAAGAGGAGCCGGAGGUAUUGCAAGAUCUCGAUCCUAGCAAGCAAGCCACUGAGAGGGCAGCAACAUCGAGCACAAAGCAAGGUGCAAGACCAUUGACUCUGUUCAAGGGUCGGCCCAGCCCGUCCACUGAUGCUCCAGCGAUCAGUACCACGCGUGUGGAGCGAACUGGAAGUCUGACACAACACGGCACUGAUGCUCAAGUGGUCGAAGUUACAGCCCCGUCCGCUAGUAUGGCACCACGGAGAGACCCUGUGCUGGCAAAAAGGGUCGCGAUAGCAGCAGCUCGUGACGAAGAAGAUCGUCGGAAAAGACGGUUCAUCGACCCACAGCCCGAUGGUGAGAGGAUAAUCGAUGAUAUCCUCCCAUCCCAAUCCCAGUUACAAGGCGGCCUCCGACAACCUGGUACGCAAGGACAGGUAUUGGGGACUCAGAUCGUGGUAGAUCCAGAUUUGAUGAGGGAUCGUGUGGAUAGUCCCAGUGAAGACGAAGGCUUUCAACAGGAUGCGCGCGUCAUACCUAACGUCAGACCUCGGCCGAGUAUCUCAACUGCUCCUGCUCGAGCUCCCACACAAGAGGAGUCUACACAGCCAGAGCGCCGGCGCAGGGUCCGUCAAGAAGAGUCUAUGGAUCCGAGACCACGAACGAACCCUGGCCAGCUUCUCGAGCCAUUCCAAUCGACCAAUGAUGUCGACGCGGACACUGUGAGACUUGCGUCUCUCGAAACCCGACGUGAAGUACAAAAAGCCACCUUUGCGAAGACGCAAAGGCCACGCAACCCAUGGACCGAUGCAGAGAUAGGAGCUCUAAUUAGGUACAUCAGGGACUACGGUACUUCCUGGGCUAGCAUUAAGAGAAUCGAUGAGGGUCCAGACGGGGAAAAGGUACUCGAAGUACGCAGUGCUGAGGACAUACGCUUCAAAGCCAGAGAGAUCAAGGUCAAGUUCCUUUGUGCCUCGAGAGAGCUUCCUGCGAACUUUAAUAAAGUCGCUCUGGGCAAGAAGGAGAUUGAAAAGGUCAACAGACAUGUGACAUAUGAGCAAGCGCCCCAGCGAUCGCGCGCUCGCAUUGACACUCCAUCACCACCGCGAUCACUAGAAGAAUCAGCCGAGGAACCAGCUGAGGAGUAA